UUUCAUCACCCGUGUGGCUAUGAACAGUGGGAGGGUCGGAGGUGCGCGCGGCACCGCUGGUCAGGUGAUAAAAUACUAUCGCUUCACUUCACCUGCUGCAGUUUCCGCACCACCGGGAUAUGAAAGGAACGCAAUGGCUACACAGUACUCAGAUCUAGAACUGGCCCUCAACACCCUGGUCACAAACUUCCACUCGGCAUCAGCAACUAAUGCGAACACUCUCACAGUCCAGGAAUUCCAAAGCAUGCUUUCUAAAGAGCUGCCCAGCAUGGCGAAGACCGCAGGAGACCAGGAAGGGCUAAACAAACUCCUGAAGGACAUGGGCGUGGAAGAAGGGAAGGGCGUCACGUUUAAGGAUUUUUGGGGGCUGGUGGAUUCUCUAGCUAAUUCUCAGUGUGGAUUGCAGAGCAAAGAGAAAAAUGUGAAAUGUGUGAAAUGUAUUUUGCUCUGAAAUGGCCAGUGCAGGAACAGCCCUGAGCAAACAAGACCAAACACUGUCAGUCUUUUGAAAGUAGACUUACCCUCUGCAAUAUUGUACAUUCCACUCUGCUGGUCUUUGCUGUAUUCACUGCGGUCUUAUCAUAAAUGCACGGGUUGUUAUGGAGCUCCCUAAAUAAAUACUCAACAAGCCGUUACGGCAUAGACCACAAGUAAUCUCUAACAUCAAUGUAACCUGAGCCGCACCUGCCUGGCCUGAUAAUGUAAGAUUCGUUUGGUAAUUUAUUUCCUCAUUUGCUCUGGUGCUGCAGGUUUUUGUAUUAGCCCACUGUCACUUUCAGCCUGCCCAAAUUUGUACUUUUUUAUAUGUACUGUACGAAAAAUGUAUUUGGUAUGUGUUAGGUGUGACAACCUUGAAUAUUCUGUUUGUAUUCAGCUGAUUGUGAUGAUAAGUGUUACAUUGUUGAGGAAUAAAAGAUCUGUAUCACGUA